UCACCUCCAUCUCUUCCACCAGAUUCAUCAAGAAUAUGGAACCUAGAAACCAAACAGAUGUUUCAGAAUUCCUUCUCCUGGCACUGACAGAGGAUAUGGAACUGCAGCCUCUCCUUUUUAGCCUGUUUCUGUCCAUGUAUCUGGUCACUGUGCUGGGAAACUUGCUCAUCAUCCUGGCCGUCAGCUCUGACCCCCACCUCCACACCCCAAUGUACUUCUUUCUUUCCAAUCUCUCAUUUACUGACAUCUGUUUCAGCACCACCACGAUCCCAAAGAUGCUGGUGAACCUCCAAGCACAGAAUCAGAGCAUCACUUAUGCAGGAUGCCUCACCCAGGUCUGCUUUGUCAUGAUUUUUAGUACUUUGGAAAGUUUUCUCCUUGGAGUAAUGGCCUAUGACCGCUAUGUGGCUAUUUGUCACCCACUGAGGUACAUGGUCAUCAUGGACACCCGCUUCUGUGGCCUGCUGAUUCUAGUCUCCUUGCUCGUUAGCGUUGUGGAUGCCCUGCUCCACAGUCUGAUGUUGUUGAGACUGUCCUUCUGCACAGACCUGGAAACCCUUUACUUUUUCUGUGAAGUUUUUCAGGUCAUCAAAGUUGCCUGUUCUGAAAUCCUCAUCAAUAACAUCAUCUUGUAUUUUGCAGUUAGCAUACUGGGUGUUCUUCCUUUCUUCGCAAUCAUUUUCUCUUAUACACAAAUCGUCUCCUCCAUUUUGAGAAUGCCAUCAGCAGGUGGAAAGUAUAAAGCUUUUUCUACCUGUGGGUCUCACAUCUCAGUUGUUUCCUUAUUCUAUGGGACAGCUUUUGGUUCAUAUAUCAGUACGACAUUUACACACUCUUCCAAGAAAACUGCAGUAGCUUCAAUGAUAUACACUAUGGUAACUCCCAUGAUGAACCCCUUCAUCUACAGCCUGAGAAACAGGGACAUGAAGGCAGCCUUGAGGAGUGUUAUCAGGGGCACAACUACUUUUCAGUGAUUAUAUUAUGUGCUUUCGUUUGGGAUUUGUAAAUUUCAUCAAACUGACAGGUUACAUCGACCCAGAAUCCUUGAUCUUCCACCACCACGUUCUUCUAUACUGAAGAGAUAAUACAAUGGCUAAGUGUAACUCAACUUGGUGUUGAAACCUGAAGUUGCUCCUUGUGUAGCUAUGUGGUGUUAGAUAAAUGAUCUCAACUCUCUAAGCUCAGUUUCUUUGGUCAGAUUCUAUAGAAGCAGAGCCCGAGGCAGGGUUUUUUGUUAUACUGAUUUUGGGGUAAUAUUCUUAGAAGAUAGUAUGAGAAGGUGGAUUGAGCUGCAGAAGAAUGUAAGCAAGCAAUAGAUACAGGCUAUCUUCAGCUUUAUCCCAUUGAUAGAUUUAUGUGAAUGGCACUGCAGAAUUUUCCCACUGAGGAAGGGAUCUGACCUUUCGUGCCCCAAUUUAGUAAUUAUCAAGACUGUCACUGGUAAAGUGCAUGUGUUCCUGGUAUCAUCAGCAUUUACCAUAUUCAAUUUUAUAUUCCUGUAUAAAAUGGACUGAUUAGAAUAUUGCAGUGACUUGAGAUGAUUGUGAGAUAAUAACUGGACCUUAUCGAUGAGGAAGGCUUUGUUUCUAUUAAGAAAGUAUAACCAUGACUCUGAGUGUCCAAACAACGGAGAAGUAUCUUUCAUUACAAGGAUGUCAGAGAUUCGAAAUUCACAGGAACAGGACAGUAGGACUUCAUUCAUUUCUCCAUGCAGUGCUUUCAUCCUAGGAAUGGUUCUCCUCGUUAUCACAGGUGGCUGCAACAGACUCAGGUGUCAUAACCAGACAUCAUGCAUACAGACACAAAAUUGACUGUCCCUGGAUCUAUUGUUAAUCUUGUUGUUGGGUGCCAUCGAGUCGAUUCUGGCUCAUAGUUACUCUAUUUACAACAGAAAUUUUUUAUUAAAAAUUGUUAGUACAGCACCUAUUAUUAAUAGACUUUUCCAUAGAAUCAUAUAGAAGACAUCUGCUCCCAUCUGAUCACUGAG